AUGAAGAAACGAAAACCUGUGAGGCUCAGCUGUCAAUGGGAUGAGUUUUACACCCCUGAAACAAUGGACAUGGAGAGACUAAAAUCUCAUCAGAGAACACACACAGGAGAGAAGCCUUACGUCUGCUCUGACUGUGGAACUAGUUUCUCUCAACUUUCCCACUUAAAAUCACAUGAACGUAUACAUACAGGUGAAAAGCCUUACGUCUGCUCUGACUGUGGGGCGAGUUUCUCUCGUCUAGGCACCUUAAAAACACACCAACGUAUACACACAGGAGAGAAGCCUUACUCCUGCUCUGACUGUGGAAAAUGCUUCACAACGUCAACUGAUCUAAAAGUGCAUCAGAGAACACAUACAGGAGAGAAGCCUUACUCCUGCUCUGACUGUGGAAAAUGUUUUAAAACAUCAAAAGAGCUAAAAGUUCAUCAGAGAACACACACAGGAGAGAAGCCUUUCGUCUGCUCUGACUGUGGGAAAUGCUUCACAACAUCAACUGAUCUAAAAUUUCAUGAGAGAACACUCACAGGAGAGAAGCCUUACUCCUGCUCUGACUGUGGAAAAUGUUUUAAAACAUCAAAUAAGCUUAAAGUUCAUCAGAGAACACACACAGGAGAGAAGCCUUACGUCUGCUCUGACUGUGGAACUAGUUUCUCUCAACUUUCCAACUUAAAAUCACAUGAACGUAUACAUACAGGAGAUAAGCCAUACUCCUGCUCUGACUGUGGAAAAUGCUUCAAAACAUCAACUGUGCUAACAGUUCAUCAGAGAACAGACACAGGAGAGAAGCCUUAUUCCUGCUCUGACUGUGGAAAAUGUUUUAAAACAUCAAAUAAGCUUAAAGUUCAUCAGAGAACACACACAGGAGAGAAGCCUUACGUCUGCUCUGACUGUGGAACUAGUUUCUCUCAACUUUCCAACUUAAAAUCACAUGAACGUAUACAUACAGGGGAGAAGCCAUACUCCUGCUCUGACUGUGGAAAAUGCUUCAAAACAUCAACUAAGCUAGAAGUUCAUCGGAGAACACACACAGGAGAGAAGCCUUUUUACUGCUCUGACUGUGUAAAAUGCUUCACAACAUCAACUAAGCUAGAAGUUCAUCAGAGAACACACACAGGAGAGAAGCCUUAUUCCUGCUCUGUGGAAGGGUGGGCGUGUAACUCAAACUUCUAGCCAAAGGCUGCUGUGUUUAGAAUCUCAUCAAGGAGGACUUUAGCAUUUUAGCAACUUUGCAACUACUUACUACUUUUUAGCUAUUACUUAGCAUGUUAGCUUAGCAUGUUAGCUUAGCAUGUAACUACUUAGUAUGU